AUGCCACCAGCUACAUUUGACGUAUUACUAGAAAUGAUCACGCCUAUGAUUAAAAAAGAAGACACGAAUUUCAGAAAGGCUAUACCACCUCAAGAGCGACUAGCCUUAACCUUACAUUUUUUAGCAACUGGGAACUCUUUUUCCAGUUUAGCAAUGACCUUUAAAAUAUCAAAACAAACAAUUUCAACAGUAGUUCCUGAAGUUUGCGAAGCUAUUAUUCAAGUACUGCACGAUCAAAUCAAGGUAAUUAUAAAAAUACAAUACACCAAAACAUAUUGA